AUGACGGAAAUUAGAGACCAAUCGAUUCCACGCGUCCUGCUCGCCGUCAAGGCCUAUCAGCAAGGCCAAUUCGACAGUACCCACAAGGCCACGACGGCAUAUGAUGUCCCUCAGUCGACAGUAUCUGGUCGACUGCGUGGUGCCCGCUCCCGACGCGACGCGCAGAUGAACAACCGGAAGUUGACGACGACGGAAGAGACUGCCCUCGUACAAUGGGUCAUGCCGAUGGACGAGCGAGGGAUGCCGCUGACAGUGGUCUACACUCGCCGCAUGGCCGGCCAACUUUUCGUUGGCCACCACGACGAAAUCAAGGCGAAAUACUCUCGUCGAUAUGAUUACCAACGUGCCAGAUGCGAAGAUCCGAAGACGAUCCAAGAAUGGUACGAUCGAGUGGCAAUGGCGAAGCAGAAAUGGGGGAUUCUUGACGAGGAUGUCUACAACUUCGAUGAGACGGGGUUUCAAAUGGGAGUCAUUGCGACGGCAAGAGUCCUUACUCGGUCUGACCGGCGAGGUCGGCCUAUGGUCAUGCAGCCAGGAAAUCGAGAAUGGGUUACGGUGAUUGAGUCUAUCAAUUGCCAAGGUUGGGCUUUGCCGGCGAUGGUCAUCUUCCAGGGCAAGGUGCACAAAGCAAGCUGGUACAAAGCAGGUGUGCCCAAGGACUGGCAGAUUGCCGUGAGCAACAAAGGUUGGACUUCCGACGACCUUGGAUUGCAUUGGUUAAAGGCAGUUUUCGACCCAUACACACGGCGCUAG